GUUGUUGGUGAGUUUGGAUAGCUUUCUGUCCAAAACGCAAAGUAAAGGAAGCCGCGGGGAAGGAAUAGCGAACCCACCUCGAAAUAUCCCAAAUUUGCAUUUUCAAUGUUCAGAAAAUUCCCAAAAUUAGUUAGGGCUAAGCGAAUAUUGAACUGAUCGAGCUCGGAUCUCAUCAAUCGUCCUCCUCUUAUUUUCCUCUCAUCAACUUUGAGUUGAAAAUUCCCAUUUUCCUGAUAUAUCCCAUUGACUACAAAAGGGGGUGAUUUGCUGAAGCAGACCAUUGAAGUAUUGCUCUCUCUCUCUCUCUCUCUGCGUGUUGUGUUCAAGUGCUUUGGGAGAAAAAGCUUGGUUGAAUCGGUCGUAGCUUAGGUCAAAGGAGGAGAAGUACGAGAGAAGAUGAAGAGGGUCUUCGGUGUCAAGAAAGAAAAAGAACCUCCGCCGUCUGUUGGAGAUGCCUCCGAAAGGAUUAAUAAAAGAGGCGAAACAGUGGAUGAGAAGAUCAAGAAGCUUGAUAUUGAACUUAAUAGAUACAAAGAGCAGAUCAAGAAGACAAGGCCUGGUCCUGCACAAGAAGCUGUCAAGUCUCGAGCCAUGAGGGUUCUCAAGCAAAAGCGAAUGUAUGAAGGACAGCGUGACAUGCUGUAUAAUCAGACAUUUAACCUUGACCAAGUGGCCUUUGCCUCAGAGGGUAUAAAAGAUGCUCAGCAAACGAUGACAGCUCUGAAAUCUGCCAACAAGGAGCUAAAAGGAAUGAUGAAAACGGUGAAGAUUCAAGAUAUUGAUAAUUUGCAAGAUGAAAUGAUGGACCUAAUGGAUGUAAGCAAUGAAAUUCAAGAAACCCUUGGUAGAAGCUAUAAUGUUCCUGAUGACAUUGAUGAGGAGGAUCUUAUGGGUGAGCUGGAUGCUCUAGAAGCAGACAUGGGUUUGGAAACUGAAGCCGAUGGCGUUCCCUCCUAUCUCCAACCUGAUAAGGAAUCUGAUUUAGAUGCAGAGCUCCACUUGCCUUCAGCACCCAUAGGACAUGCAGCAGCUCCAGCGGGCAGAUCCAAUGCCCAGGUACAAGCUGAGGACGAAUUGGGUUUACCAGCUGUCCCUAGGGCGUCACUUCGUGGUUAGGGUUGUGCAUUUGCUGUAUCUUGUGCAUGAGGAGCUGGAUGGAGCAACCUCUUUAUAAACGUAUUGUGCAGAAGUGAAUUCAUUUAGUGUUCAAAUUCACGCAUUGUGAUUGGCUAUUAUAUACAUGAAAUAGUUUGGUUUUCGACAUUUCAUAAUAAAUAUUACUGAGAUUUGGAAUGAAA